CGGAGUGAGAGGGGCGGGGGUCAGGGGUCGCGGCAUGGACGGCGAGAAGGCGCUGGAGGUCUACGACGUCAUCCGCACCAUCCAAGACCCCGAGAAGCCGAGCUCGCUGGAGGAGCUGGGCGUGGUGAGCGAGGGCUGUGUGGAGGUGCAGGCCCUCACGGAGGCGCAGCGCGGGGAGGACGAGGAGGAGCAUCUGGUUGUCAUCCGCUUCACGCCAACCGUGCCGCACUGCUCACUCGCCACGCUCAUAGGUCUCUGUUUACGCGUGAAGCUGGAAAGAUGCUUACCGUUCAAACACAAGCUGGAGAUCUACAUUGCAAAGGGAACGCACGCCACGGAACACGAGAUCAACAAACAGAUCAACGACAAGGAGCGGAUCGCAGCCGCCAUGGAGAACCCCAACCUGCGUGAAAUUGUGGAGAACUGCGUGAAGGAUCUCGAUGAGUGAGCCGCGUCGUGCAGCAGCAGCAGCACAAAUGCGCCCCGCGAGCAGCGCCGUGGGCUACAACCGUGAUUUGUUUGUGGCCCGGCCGGCUCUGUGGGACCGUCCACGUGGAAUGGAUCGCUUGCCCAUGCAGGGCUGCGCUUCUCUUGCGCAAUGUAACGCAGCGGCGAUACUGCAGUCAAAAAGCAUCCAGGCAGCCCAAACGGAUGAUUUUUUUCAUGAAGGUGGGGAAGCUCUGAGCCAGUGAUGGUAAUUCCACAUUCCUGUGGUGAGGACCAGUCUCCCCAUAACCACUGUUGACUCCCAAAGAGUGGUACUCAUUUUAUCAACCCUGAAGGGAUUUAACUUAAAACUAUCCAAUUGUCAAACACUUUAGCCAGAGCACCGCUUUGGUAAAUGAUAUCACAGUGCCUCGUAAUUGUGAGACGACACCUUGAUGGUGCCGCCUUGUGCUGGUGUGCUCUGUUUAUGGAGUCUGAGAUGUAUUUAUUGGUGACUGGGUAGCCCAGUCGUCAGUGUGCUCUGCACUGAACCAGGCCAAUGGAUGGACUAGCAGCUGUUGUGUGGCGUUUCCUGCAGGGAAUUACCAAGGUGUGGCACCUGCUGUGCAGUGGACACUAAAGAUCCAUUGACAUCCUAUGGGAACAUGUCACACUUGUAACGUGGUGUUUAUGUGUGGGUGCCAGGGUAAUGUUAAAUUUAAGUUUAAAGACUGAUGAGAUUAUACAUUGUUGUACUCGAGGCAGUGAGGAUGGCGGUGAUAGACAGUGUACAGCGUGGGCUUCUACACCACCGCCAAUCGCAAUCACAUCGUAAUAAGCAGGGCUACUUUUCAGAGCAAUUCAUUUCAAAGGCCUCCAGGUUACAAGAGUCUGUUGUACAAGAGUCUGUUGUUUAAGCUGGAUUAGAAGAUUUAUCAGAUCUCAGUGGAUUUUAAAGUGUCUACUGUUGUAACUAUGCCCAACUCUUGCCUUAGCCAGGGGGAUGAUUGCAGGCCUGGUGAUAAUUUCUAGAACUAUAGAGAAGAUUGUAAGAGGUUUCCUCUGUGGGUGCACCAGAGGUCUGCAUUUGCAUUAUGAUACAUUGGAGAUUUUUACCUCCAAAGCUUGGCUUGCAGGUCAAUGGAAUAAAUAUCAUGUUAAUUGAAGUACA